CUGCUUCGCUAGCAGAGCCAUAACGGCGGAGGGAUCCCGUCGCUCCCGCAGCCUCCUCCCCCUUCUGCUUCCCCCUUCCCUCUCCCAUACCAGGGAUAAUUUGACAGCGAUUUGCUGACAUCGGGGUUUUUCUCCCCCCUUCUUUUCCCUUCCCAUCCCCGCACCGCGCACCCGCAAAGGCAACGCGGAGAGGCCGCCCUACGAUGGGAUUUUAUGGCUUGCUGGAUUGUGAAUAGGACGAGGCGAUGUGUCUGAUAAGAUACAUCACUGAGAGAUCACAGAAUGAAAGCAGCAUGAGAUGUUAUGGCCAAGACAGCACAGCAAGAUCCAGGAGUCUCACAGACCCCCAGAAAUCAGGUGCCUGGCACACUGAGCCUAUUGAUCUGUGUAGGAUCUGUGCUGUGGUCCAUUUACUGAAGAUGUGAAGCAACGGCAGGUCUGAGAUUGGAAUUACUGAUAGACUGGAGAAAAUCUUAGUCCUUGUGAUGCACAUGGACACGCUGGAUUAUAAGUAGUUCUAGCUUUUCCCCUCCCCUCCCUUCCCUUCACUCAGCUAUCUCAGGGUUCAUAGAGAUUUCAAUGGUUCGUGUGCCUGUAAGUUUGGAACAGAAGUGACCAAAAAUGGGGGACCAGCAAUUGUAUAAAACUAACCAUACUGCCAACAGCAACGAGAACUUGUACUACCAACAACACCAAAUGAACUCGCUUCCAUCUCUAAACCAUAGCUAUGGGACGUCUGUUCUGGAUGCUCCCCAGGCAUCCCCUCUCUCCCCACAGUUUCCCCAAGACUCAAGAGACAGUAUAGCUUUGCCUGUAGGUUCAAAAAGUCUUGGAUCAAUGGAUACAUCCAGACAAAGUACUUGGACACAUUCUGGCUCAGGAAACCACAUCCCAGCGAGGAACAGUUUGAACAACCCAAGCGCAAUGUGGAGCCCCCUCGGGCAGGGGGAGUCCCACGAUGGGUACCAAUAUCCCUACUCCCAACCCAGUGAAAAUCGACCACAGAAAAUCACCAGUGGGGUCCUGCAUAAACUGGACUCCUUCACACAAGUGUUUGCCAACCAAAACCUGAGGAUCCAAGUGAACAACAUGGCUCAGGUCCUGCACACCGAGGCUUCCAUGGUGGAGAGCUCCGGUGACAGCGCGCUCAGGCAGCUGCUGUCCCAGAAACCAGCUGUUGAGCAACAGCCGGUCACUUCCAGCCUACAACGAUACCAACCGGUGCCGCAGCCAAGCCACCAGAGUUUUGCAAGCACACAACAGAAGCAGCAGAUGCAAGUCAUGCAGCACCAACAGUUGUACUACGACUACCAGCAGCACUUGUCCCAGAUGCAGAUGCACUCUGCGUUCCAGCAAGGACAGACACACGUUCAGCCCAUGCAGCCCCAGCAGCUCUUACCGCAGCAGAUGCAGCACUUGCAGCAGGCUCAGUACUACGCUCAGCCACAGCAGGGACAUCCUCGGCUCUCCAUGCAGGACAUCCAGCAGCAGCAGCCAGCUCGGCAGCAGCAGCAGCGGCACUGCCCGGUGCCAAUAGCUCAGUAUUACCAAACGCAACCUGUCAUGCAGCAGUUACAGCAGCAGCAGCAACAGAUGCAGUUGUCUCUUCCUCCGUAUCACAGGGAACCUGAUGCAAAGACUAUGCACGACUCGCAGCAGUACUCUCAGGAUCCCAGUCAUCCAGUGCAGCUGAUCCAGCUGGGAGCAGUGCCUCAGUAUUGCUACCAGGAUCCACAUGAACAGUACAGGCACUUGUACCCGCAGGGUCUGCUGCAGCAGCAGGACCAGCAGAAGCAAUACCCGGGUGAGAGCAGGGUACCAGCUCUGAACUCUCAUGUUGGCCUCACUCCUCCGGAGAGCGCAGAGGAUGCUCCGCGGCAGGAGAUGAACUCCAUAGGUAAUGCUGUUCCUCAUCGGACUCUUGUGCCACCCUCGGGGGUUCAUCUGAACAACAAAAGCUCCCAGCAAGACUCUCCUAGCGCCGCGUGGCCUCAGGUGCCGCUGUCAGAUGGCAGACUGCAGCCCCUGUCCCCAGAACAAAGUGGCCAGAACAGAGAAACACUUCCUGAGAGAGCUGAUGCGAAGAACAAACUGAUGUGUUCGAUAUGCUUGAAGGAGUUUAAGAGUUUGCCUGCUCUAAACGGCCACAUGAGGUCCCACGGAGGAGUAAGAGCAUCUCCUAACUUCAAACAGGAUGAAGGAGAGAGCCCAGCACAGCAGCCGCUGCCUAAAGAGGUGGAUAGCCUCGCGCCCAUCGUCAUGCCAGUGUCUGUCCCUGUCAAGCUUCUGUCGCCUGAGCCCAGCACGCAGCCCUCUGCCAGCACUGCCACAGUCAGAGACAAGCCUGCCAACCCUGUGUCAGAUGAUGAGAUGCCCGUGCUCGUGAAGAUGACUUACUCGCCACCGUGCAGUCCAAAAGUGGCCAACCCCUGCUCAUCCUCUGAAAUUAGCAAAAAACCUCAUCCAAGUGCUGUAAAAUUGGAAGAAAACUUCAAACCAUUGCAGGACAAGAAGAAGUAUCGGCAUAGACCUGAACCUCUCUUCAUACCUCCUCCUUCCUGCACCUUCAGCAUGUCCCAUUCGGGUGCCACCCUAUACCAGAGCCAGCUUCGCUCUCCCCGUGUCCUUGGGGAUCAUCUGCUGGACCGGACGCAUGAGCUGCCCCCAUACACUCCACCCCCGAUGCUCAGUCCCGUUCGGCACGGGUCUGGUCUCUUCAGCAGUGUCAUCACAUCAUCCCACAGCACCUCGCAUGCUCAGCUGCCACUUACGCCACUGACACCUACUCCACGGGUACUCCUGUGUCAGUCGAAUAGUAUUGAUGGAAGUGUCAUUCCCGUGACGCCUGGGCCUGGAGAACAGACUGUUGAACCACGAAUCAAUAUCGGGUCCAGAUUCCAAGCUGAUAUUCCUGAGCUGCAGGACAGAUUGCUAAUGGAGAAGGAUGUGCACAAGGCUACUUUGGUUUGGAAACCGUGGCCAGAACUGGAGAAUCAAGUCUUCCAACAAAGAGUGGAAGACCUUUUAAAUAUGAGCUGUUCCAGUGUGUUACCUGGUGGAGGAACUAACUCAGAAUACGCUUUGCACUCUCUCUUUGAAGCAAAAGGAGAUAUUAUGGUUACACUUGAGAAGCUGCUGUUGAGGAAGCCAGUGAGAUUGAAGUGUCAUCCUUUGGCAAAUUACCACUACGCCGGCUCUGACAAAUGGACACAUCAAGAAAGGAGGCUGUUCAAAGAGGCACUGUCCACCUACAGCAAAGAUUUCAUAUUUGUACAGAAAAUGGUUAAGUCUAAGACGGUUGCACAAUGUGUGGAAUACUAUUAUACCUGGAAGAAAAUCCUGCGUUUGGGACGGAAGCACAGAACACGCUUAGAGAAGAGGAGAGAGGAGUGCAUGACAAGUGGAGAGGAAGAGGUGUUAGAGGAAGAUGAGGACAUUGAAGAAGACAGGAAGGAAGGGAGAGAGAUGCAGAAGUCUCCUGAUCCACCAGCCAUCCCUCUUGUUGGACCUAUAGAUCUGCCUGCCCUUCAGAGUCUUUCACUUUCUUCGUCCUCCUUCAUCUGUGAAAUGCCAAAUUGUGGUGCUGUGUUCAGCUCCCGUCAGGCACUGAAUGGCCACGCUCGCAUUCACGGGGGUACAAACCAGGUGCCCAAGCCACGGUGCACCAUGGCAGGCACGAAGCAGAAGUGUGGUACGCAGAGCGGGUACUGCUCCAUCAAGAGUUCACCUGCCCACAGCACAACGAGUGGGGAGACAGACCCAACAACCAUCUUCCCUUGCAAGGAGUGUGGCAGGGUGUUUUUCAAAAUCAAAAGCCGCAAUGCUCACAUGAAGACUCACAGACAAGAAGAACAGCAGAGGCAGAAGGCUCAGAAAGCUGCUGUGGCAGCAGAAGCAGCAGCCGCUAUUGCGAGAACUACUGGGCCAGUUGGGCAUGGUUUGAUCCCUCUGGAUCACAUGAGUUUGGUUAAACACGUUGGAAGUGUGGGUGACAUUGACGAUGAUGUUGUUCAGGAGCUGGGUGAUGUCAUGGAAGAGAAUGAAGUCAUGGAUGCUGACCUUUUGUUGGAUGAUGAAGAUGCAGAUCUACUGCAGGAUGAUGCUGAGUUGUAAAUACAUGUGUUGGAUAAAGACAUCUACUGAGCACACCCUGGAUGGAUCAGUCAGGAAACCUGGACUGCUCUUUUACUCCCCACUGAUUGUAAACUACCUGUUGAAAUGAUAAUCCUUCUAUCCAGGUCUAGAAAAGAAAACCAACAAUCUGCUUCCCCCCCCCCCCUUUUUUUUCUAUUAAUUUGUGUUUUGGAGGAAAAAUAAAUAAUUGGUACAAAUAUUCUUAUAAGGUGUUUUUAUCUGGGCUCAUUUUGCUGAUAACUUCCAAGGCCACUAAUUACAGAAGUUCAUGGUUCUGCUAUCACUUCCCUCCAGAUGGUCCCGGUAGGAUGGUUAGUCUUUAACUCCUUCCAAGUUUCCUUUUACCCCAAUUACAAGAAUGAUCUUCAGGCACUUCUGAUGGAGCAUUUCUCUUUUUGCCUAUACUGGAUCACUUCCAGCAUCUUCUAGAGACUAAAUGUCAUCUCUGUUAAGGAGAUAAUUACAUUCUUUGUGCUGUCAUUUUAAGGGAGGUGGAGGAAAAAAACCUAUUCUGAUUUAACUGUGAAAUAAUGACAGGAGUGACUGUAUCAUCUGCAGUAUCGCAGUCCUUUUUCAGUUCUGUCUUGCCUUAAUGCAGACAUGUUAGGCAGUUUGCAAAAGCACUGGUUACACUGUACAUUUCAGAGCUUCCAUUUUAACAAGGUUUUGAUCUGCUGCUUCUAAAAUGACCUAAUUUGAGGAUUGCAGAAAGAUGAUUGUAAUGUGGUUCACAUCCUCUGAUGGGAACACUGAAUCAGGAACACUGCCUUGGGAAUCAGAUUGCACUGGAAAUAUAUGUUGCUGUGACAAUAAAUCACACUGCUGAACAGCCAGCUCGGUGGUUUAGGAGAGCAGUGCAGGAACUUGCUCUCCCACCAGGCAAAUACAGGGAGACAUUCUUGCCCAUGCAAGAGAUUGGAGCAUAUGCCUUCAAAGCAUGUCAGUUAUUGUAGGCAUGAGCUGUUAUUCUUGUGCCAUUUUUAGUCCUCUUUACAUCAAAUUUGAGCACUGUUUUUUUAGUAAAACAUACUGCAAAGGUGAGUUGAUGUUGCUGUUUCAUUACUGUUUUUCCUCCCUUAGGUUCAUGCUGGGUGUCUGACACCAUUUAUAUGAAUUUAGAUUUGGUCCUCUAAAUAGGAUCUCAAAAGAAUUGUACAGUGCAGAAUGAAAGAAUUAAGGAAGUAUUAAAGUUAGGUUUGAGUGGACCUUUAAUUACACAGUAUGAAUACCAAUUGUAGAGCUUUCACAGGUAGCAGCACUGAUUUUCUUGUGAAUUUUGCACAGUUAGAAGAGUAUUGCUAACUUUAUAAAGUAUUUUAUAAGACUGAUUUCAGAUCUUCCAGAUUUCAGGGUCAUUUGGGGUUUUUUUUAUGGGUUUGGUUUUGUUUUAUUGGGUUUUUUUUUUGCCACAUUCCUAACAUCUUGAACAGAAUCUUGAGAGAUGGUGGAGCUUAUUUUCUACUUUCUUCCUUGUAUAACUAUGCAAAAUGAGGGUAAAUCACAGCACUUUUGUAUACUUCAGAAGCUUCAAACCCGACAGGAAUCAUUGGCAGAGAGGUGCCUUCUCUGUCAAAGCCAAUUAUGUGAAGCCAAAUGACCUGAAGUUUCUACUUAAGGUCGAAUGUUCUUGAUACUAAGGAGCAACCCUUCAGGAGAAUGGAAAUCACUUCCCAGUUUCUGGUUAGUGAAGUUCCUGUGCACGUGGUGUUUGCUUUAGUGCUUUGGGGGGUCGUUCCAGAAGGUUGCUUGGUGUUGACCAGCGGGUGAAUUUCACUCCCUCUGGGAUGUAUGGGAUGAUGUUCUCAGUUACUGUACCUGUGAGCUUCAGGAGGUCAGGCAGCCGCCUGUUUCCUUCCUGAACUGCCAGUCAGCAGGCUCUCUAGCUUGCUCUUCCUGUCCUUCCUGUUUCACCUUACCUUUACAAGGGCCACGCCACCCAGGCUCUGCAGGCUGGGUGCUCAGCUGUAUGCUGCCAACCAGAGCCACUGAUAAUACAUUUCCACUGAUAAUAAACGGAGGCUUUCAUGAGCAGUAACUUGUGGUGGCUUUUAGGAGCCUGUAUUAGAAACCACUGGGCAGAGCCCACUCUUUCUCUUCCAAUCUGGUAUCAUUUUGAGCAUCUAAGGGUCUUUGUGAGAAAGGCUGCUACACUGGGAAAUGGAAAUGUGUUUUUCAGGUUCCCCUGUUAAUGGUAGGGGGAAAAAAAGAAUGUUUAACAGUGUGAUAAUUGAAGUCACUCAGAGUUCUGCAUAAAGCACAGAGUGAAAUACAGUAGAAACGUGGGCUUGAUUCUGAAGAGCAACUCUGUAUUAAAGGAUCUACAGUGGAACUUUUCUACCAUCAAUUGGACAGGUAUCUGUGCUAAACAAGAGUAUAUAUAACUAUAUAUACACAUAUAUAUGCCUGGUUCUGUAACAUUUAUCAGGUGCUGGUUUAUUGCACAGCCAAGAAGAUAAUAGAGCAACGAUGACCAAAGAAGUUACUCAUAAAGACAAAAAAGUGCACGAUUUAGGCCUCAAACGUUGACUUCAUUAUCCUUCAGUGUUGCAUUGGCUGAUGUUAAACAGAUGCUGUUCUGCCUCUUUGUAAGUCGAACAUAGUUUUGUUUUAGGAAACCUGUUUUCUUGUUGCUGGUUGAUGAUGGAAAACUGUUCACUAUUGAACCGAGUCCUCUUUGAUAAAACCUGUACAUAGAGAAAACAUAUUUUAUGAGAAAAAUCUUAUUUUCAAUAUUUAAGUGUUAUUUUAUUAGCAGAUGGUUGUAAAUAUUUUAGGUGCUUCGGUGUAAAAAGUGAACUGUAAUUUUAGGUGGCGGAGGAAGUAACAAAAUAAAACCCUAAUAAAACCA